CCUCGCUCCUUCCGCAAACGUCCUUGCCUUCGUCUCCCCUUUCCGCUUCUCAUUUCCUUCGCCCGUCUCCCACAGAACUUCUUGGACACGCCGGCAUUCCCUCCGCUCCCCUCUCUGAUUCGGUUCCGGGUGGGUCGAUUGCGUCGUGGUUGGUCUCGGACACCCGAUCGGCCCUUCCCAGAUCCUGCGCUUCUGCUCUCUUUCGUUUACAUUAUCUCCGUCUGGAGUCCAACUUCUUGUACUUGGAAUCAGGUUAUGGUUUUGCGAGAACCGUAUCUCACAAAUUCUGGGAUAUAUCAACAAUCAUCUUGCAUAAUUGAGUAUUUCAAGCACAUACUGAAACUGUAAAUACAUCUUUCCUGUAAGGCCUUCCAAGUGCAUAAUGUCCAAUUCUGCAAAAUACGUUGAUCCUGCAUUUCGGGGAGUUGGACAAAAAGUAGGAACAGAGAUCUGGCGGAUUGAGGAUUUUCAACCAGUGCCUUUGCCAAAGUCUGACAAUGGUAAAUUUUACUCUGGAGAUUCAUACAUAAUUUUACAGGUUUGAGUCCUGAAUUCCUCUACUGGCCUACAAGCCAAAAAUCUGUGCAACAAAUGGGGCAUGCCAAGAAGUUGUGGACGAUCAACUGAUGGUGACUAGGUUGGCUAAUACAAUGUGGAGUUCCUUAAAAGGAAGACCUGUGCAGGGCCGCAUUUUUCAAGGGAGAGAACCACCACACUUCAUUGCACUUGUUCAACCCAUGGUUGUGUUGAAGGUAUCAAUAGAUUAUAUGGUAUUUCCAUCUGUAUACAGAAAGAAACACAAGAUUCUGACAAGAUUUGCUAAUGUCAUAUUUGUAUUGCCAAAAGCCUAGGGUUUUUCUAUUUUGUUGAAUAUAACCUUGCAGAGGGUGGAAUCAGCUCUGGUUACAAAAAAUUCAUUGCAGACAAGAAUCUAAAUGAUGGAACUCAUACUUCUGAUGGCAUUGCACUAAUCCAAGUAUCUGGUACAUCAGCCCACAACAAUAAAGCAGUUCAAGUUGACACGGUUCAAGGUAAUUCUUUUCAGAAGAAGCUAUUGCAUUUGUUUGGUACCGCUAUGCAUGCUUCAGAGUCCAAACAUAACUCUAACAGUGAUCAUCGUGGUGGUCCUACUCAAAGGGCAUCAGCCUUAGCUGCCCUAUCAUCUGCAUUUAAACCAUUUUCAAAUGCUAAAACAUCAGCACCAAAGCCAUCACGAUCAAACCAAGGAUCACGGCGAGGAGCGGCAGUUGCUGCACUGUCUUCCGUUUUAACUGCUGAGCAAAAGAAGGGAGAAUCAGAAACCUCUACAACAAGAUUCAGCAGAAGCCCUUCCCCUGGGCCGCAUGUGACUGUAAAUGAUUCUGCAAAGAUUGAAAGUGCAGGCUCGGAGUUGGGUGAUCCUUUUGAGGUUUCAGCGGAGAAGGAAAUCACAGAAGCAGAUAGCUCCGUAUCAGAGAGCAAUGGUGCUACCUUCAGCUAUGAUCGUCUGAAAGCGAAGUCCACCAAUCCAUUCAGAGGAAUUGACUAUAAACAAAGAAAGGCCUACUUAUCAGAAGCCGAGUUCCAGAAGGUUCUAGGCAUGACCAAAGAAGCAUUUUAUCGACAACCCAAAUGGAAACAGGACAUGCAGAAAAGAAGGGUGGAUCUCUUCUAAGCUUUCCCGGCCUGGUGCCAUGGAUCUUAUCCAGCUUAACGAUGUGUUUGCUUGUGUGCUAUCUUUCCUCUCCAAUCUUUUGGUUCCUCGUGGAUUUGCAGUCAUGUCGGGAGCGGUCUUGCUUUGGUUUUUUUUGUUGAUGAGCAACAUUUGUUUGAUUGGGUAAGUUUGGGAGUUGGUAGGCAUUCUUUUAUUUCUAGCAAUCAUCCCGAGUUUGGCUGCUCAAGCAUAUAGUCGUCGUGCGUACAUGUUUUGUGUUUGAUACAUAUGGAUCAUGUAUGCUUAGGUAAAUAUGUGCAUUGAAUCGAUGACAAGGUCAA